AUGUCCGCCCCCCCGCCCAGCGCGCCCCGAAUCCUCGUCAACGGCCUCUCGUACAAGUUCCCCGACUACUCGACGGGCAUCCGCGACAUCACGCUCGACCUGCCCCCUCGCUCGCGCACCCUCCUCAUCGGCGCAAACGGCGCCGGCAAGACGACGCUGCUGCGCCUCCUCGCCGGCAAGCGCCUCGCCCCGCGCGGCGCCAUCAACAUCUGCGGCGUCGACCCCUUCCAGGACAGCCUCGAGGGCGUCACUUACCUCGGCCUCGAGUGGGUCCUCAACCCCAUUGUCCGCAACGACAUUGGCGUCCUCGAGCUGCUGCGCUCCGUCGGCGGCGACGCCUUUCCCGCCCGCCGUGAUGAGCUCGUUGCCAUGCUCGACAUCGACACCGAAUGGCGCAUGCACGCCGUAUCUGACGGCGAGCGCCGCAGGGUUCAGCUUGCCAUGGGCCUGCUGCGGCCUUGGGCGGUGCUCUUCCUCGACGAAAUCACCGUCGACCUCGAUGUCCUCAGCAGAGCAGAGUUCCUAGCCUGGCUCAAGCGCGAGACCGAGACGCGCGAGUGCACCAUCGUCUACGCUACGCAUAUCCUCGAUAACCUUGCCGGCUGGUCCACUCACCUCGUCCACAUGCACCUCGGCGCCGUCAGGGAGUGGGACGAGGCCGACACCAUGCUGCAGUCCAUCGAUGGCACCGUUGGUCGCUCCGGAAACAGCCGCCUCGGUGAGCUUGUUCUCGGCUGGCUCAAGGCCGACCUCAAAGACCGAGGGCCGCGCAACCGGGCCAACAUGGGGUCCGAGGGCAAGACCUACGGCUUCGGCGCCAUCAAGGUUGGAGGAUACGGCGACGAGUCCAAGCCCAAGGAGAAUUAG